UUGGCAUUUCGCAUCUUUGACCAAGGUACCUUUAUUGUGUGACGGACUUGGGUAUCCUACACGCCCAUCUCUUUAGGCUCGUAACUAUAAGAGUUAAUUUCACACGACGUUUUGGUUUGUAAUCUGCGAGACAAGCGCAGGAUACGGCGGUAUGGAGGCAGAAAAGGCGGCCGCGGGUACUAAUCCAGAUGGGCAAAAUGCACCAUCAAAGGUAGAUCAACCCACUGCUUCAGUACCCGACCUGGAAGACGUCCCAGACCCCGAUGAGGAUGACCUAGAUGACCUCGAUGAUAUGCUGGAAGAGUUUUCCAGCGCAAAACCAGGCGCAAAUCAAGCAAUCCCAGGACCUAGUAUCUCUGAGAAAGCUGCUGUGAAGACGUCGACGCCUGCCGGAGCAAGCGCAUCAUUAGACACAGAGAAUCCACUAGAUGGGCUUGAUGAUUUGUCUGAAGAGGAAUUUCAGAAGCAUCUACAGGCUGGGAUGGCAGAACUAAUGAGCGGAUUGGACGAUUCGCCAGACAUGCAAGCCCAGUUUGAGAAUAUAUUCAAGGGGCUCAGAGGAGAUGGUGAUGGCCCAGAAAGCUCAGGGGGCGGAUCAGAAUCGAUUCCACAAUCGUCCGAUAAAGCAGCCUCGGACAUAAGUCAGGAUGCCUCAUUCCAGGAGACGAUCCGGCGGACGAUGGCCAGGAUGCAAGAGUCCGGCGACCAGGCAACAGCAGCAGCUACUGCUGAAGGCUCCGAGGAUGAUUUUAUUGCUGAGAUGAUUAAGGCGAUGAAAGAUCUUCCUAGCGAGGGAGGUAACGAGGAGGACUUCUCCAAAGUGUUAAUGGGGAUGAUGGAACAACUCACUAACAAGGAGAUUCUAUACGAGCCUAUGAAGGAAUUGAAUGACAAAUUCCCCGCAUGGAUGGAGAAGAACAAGGACACCUUACCAAAGGAUGAUUUAAAGCGCUUCCAGGAACAACAAACCCUGGUCGCAGAGAUGGUAGCUAGAUUCGAGCAACCCACAUAUGCUGAUUCGAACGCGGCGGAUCGAGAAUACAUCGUGGAUAGGAUGCAAAAGAUGCAAGCAGCAGGUUCUCCUCCUCAUGAUCUAGUUGGAGAUAUGCCAUCAGCCAAGGAAGUGCUAGAUGCGCCUGAUGAGUCGUGCGCGCCUCAGUGAUAAUAUACAAGGAAUUUAGUUCCUCAACUGUUUAUACAUGACCUUCUCGGGGCCAGACCAAAAUUGGCAUGUACACAGACGAUGUGAUAUCAUACCCUACCAUACCCUG